AAGAAGACUGUUUAUUCGCCUGCAAUAUCAAAAUAUCCCAGUUUUCAAGGUUCUUAUCACUCAGAACGGUCCUGCUUAUUGAAAUCCUAUAUAAGGAGGAAAUAAAACACGUUUUGUUCCUAGUCUCCAAAAGUUGGUAGGAGAGGAGGUGCUAAUGGCAAAAGUGAUGACAGCCAUAUUUUUCAUUCUCUCCGUUUAUUUGCUGUUUAUUCAUCAAUUGCAUAUUGUCUCUAGCGCAAUACCUAGUUACUCGAAUAGACUUGAGAAAUUGAGUUUAGGAAAAUUUAAAAAUAGAAGAAUCAAUCAAAGAUCGGACUUCCUCUUCAAUGAUUUCAUAGAUGAGGAAGAUUUGGAUAUGACUAAUAAAAGGCAAAUUGAUGACUACGGACAUAUGCGGUUUGGAAAAAGGGGCGAAGAUCAGUUUGAUGAUUAUGGACAUAUGAGAUUCGGAAGAAGCUUCUGAGGAACUAUUAAGAAAGCGAAAUGAAAAUCGAAUAAAAAAGUAAAACUGAUUUUCACAAAUAAAAGCUUUUGACUC